AUGGUGAGUCUCUGCAUCGUCCACACAACGCUUACAGCAACAGCAUGUGGACACAACUUGAUCGCAAUCGUCGGCGUUGCCGCUGCUGCCGGUCUCAAAGCAGCCAUGAAAGCGUGUAACAUUUCAGGUACCGUCAAGCUCAUUGGAACACCUGCGGAAGAAGGUGGUGGAGGCAAAGUCAUUUUACUAAAUGAAGGGCUAUACGACGAUCUGGAUGCAUGCGGUAUGGCUCAUCCUGGCGGUGGGUACGGUCCAAGCCCGUUCACAGGAAGCUGUCCCAUCAAUGGUCCAGCAACUCUCGCUCGUUCUGGUUUCGAGAUAGAAUUUCAUGGAAGAGGUGCUCAUGCCGGAGCGGCACCUUGGAUGGGUAUCAACGCUUUGGAUGCUGCUGUACAAGGUUACGCGGCUGUCUCGAUGCUCCGACAGCAACUGGAACCCACAAUGCGAGUCCACGGUAUUAUACUAGGUUCGGAGAAGUGGGCUCAAAACAUCAUCCCCAGUUACGCCAAGGUCUCAUACAGUACUCGAGCACUGGAUGUAAAGGCUUGCUUGGAGCUCAGGCGAAAGACUAUCGAAUGCUUCAAGGCUGCCGCGGCAUCCACCGGCUGUUCCAUCGAAAUCUCUGCGCCAGACGUUGAGGUAUACGCCGACGUGCAGAACAAUAAAUCCUUGUCACUGUCAUACCAGGCAUUCAUGGAAGAAACAUUUGGGGAUAAACUGGAAAUGACCGGCAUGACAACAGCUUCUACUGAUUAUGGUAAUGUGACCUACAAAUGUCCAGCAUUCGCCCCUAAUUUCGCUAUCCCCUCGCCUACUGGCUCAGGUAACCACACAGCUGGUUUCGCCGAAUCAGCAGGCAAGAUCGAAGCGCAUCGACUGGCUAUGAAAGUGGCCAAAGGUCUCGCGGUGAUCGCAGCGAAAUUCCUAAGCGAUGAUGAUUUUGCAAAAGAGGUGAAAAAGGAGUUUAGAAGAUUUAAAAGGGGCGCUGGGGAGAGUCAGUCGAUAUCUACCGACGGGUUCGAAUGGGUGUGA